UUCCGGUGAUAACGAAUACUAUGGGUGCCCGCCAACGCGUAGCCGAAUACUGUGCAAAAAAAUCAAAGAAUAGGCCCGAUUUAGCACUACUCAGUUUCUUGUCUUUUCGCCGCUGAAGUACAAAGAUGGUCGCACCCAGGUGGCCCAAAGGGCCGGUACCAUGGAUUGCUCUUUUCGGCAUGGCCACCGGGAUCGCGGGUGCAUUCUUCCCAGCAACUCGGACCUGGCCGGUUAUCCAGCAGAUAUUUGCGUUUGGGACAACCCUCUUUAGGUCUGCGUUUGGCCUACAAGUUGUGAUGGGGGGCUCCGUCGUAGCCCACCUCGUUGAAACCGCUUUUACGUUGAGGAUCUGUGCAAAGAACAAAGUCUCUCCGGGCCACACCCUGGGUUGGAUCGGCUACACGGUCCUGAUCGGGUAUGUCGCCAUUCACGAGCUCAAGCGCUGCCUGAAGCAGGCCAAGUGAAGUGCGUGUGUUCGACCAUUGGCUGGCUGGCUGGACCACUCGCUGGCUGGAUGGAUAGCCGGCCAUCUACAUCCAGCAGCGCUAGCGACGUCAGAUUGAGCUUGGCAGAAUCCUCCCGCCAGACCCCCGAUUGAGACCUUGUAACUUAAUGCUGAGUGUUGCCGAUAAGCCGGUGGAAGCCAAGACACUUAGGCAAGCGUCUUGGUGCCUCCUCAACCGCACCACCUGCUCGCUGAUUGGAAAGGGCUUUCAGCUACGGCCGCGUCACAGCUACUGGCCAGCAAAAGGCAUGCUGGGCGGCUUGCCUUUCGGUUUCGAAAUCACAUAUUGUCUUACGGGAACUGCUGUGCGGAUGCAUGUUGAAUGGUUGCCGUUUUAGGCGACCGUUAAAGGCUUACAGGAACUAUGGCGUCUUAAGUUUUAUGUAUAAUAGUUUGGCUAUGGCCGACCCAUGGGUCAUUGGGUCCUGUGCUUAUAUGCGGCCUUGAAGCUGCGGCUUCCUCUGCGACUUCCAACCCGUGGAUAAAGGCGUGAGACCCAAAGUAGUACCCGUUCCUUGCAGCCUCCUCGACUGGUGUAUUUGCCUAUGAAGGUCGAUUUUUAUGGAUGAAUGGACUCGCAUGAAUUAUUUGUGACAAAUUCCUAAUAAGGGGGGCAUAUCUUGCAUCAGUUGUGGAGAAAGGUACGGUUUAAGAGCUGAUCCGGUCGAUGUGUUUGAAAGGGCCGCCAUGCUUCCUGUGUACGGUUGCCGGGCCCAUGGGCUUGAUAAUGCAGCUGCGUAUAUUGGCACAUAUUUGGCGAAGUAAGUCGGCGCACCCGGUGGCAAUCCCUCAUGCGGUAACGUUGUAAGACGUGAGUCCCACA